AUGAGCAUGGAACCCCUCUACCGAGACAAGGACAACUCCCGCUCAACAACGCUCGACGAGGAAAGGAAGGCCACUGCUCAUCCUCGACAUCAUGAUCCAGUCCCUUUGGCACCCCACAAUGCUGGUUCACAAAAACCUUCGGCUCGGAAUACACCCAUGCUGUCCUUUCAGCCGCACCACACAGAAAUCUCAACUCAUCGGCCCUCUGUCUCGGGUCGACUUUUUCUUCACAUCCCCAAACUUGCUGGUAAACAGUUUCAUUUCGUAUCACUGGCGCUUCACCUUCGACUCAAGGAAUCCAUCGCAUGGACCCGCCAGGAUUUGGUCACCUUCAAGAUUGAAAAGCGGGACUGGUCACAGACGGUGUGGGACAAAAAGAUGGUACUGCCUUAUCAGGACCGGCAGGUAGAGGAAGGAAGCGAACCUUAUGUCGCCGUCGUCAAGGAGCCCUCCAAAGGCAAGAACAGGAUCGAAAUUGCAGCGGAUGAAUGGCGAUGGGAAUGGCUUGUACCUGUUACCGAGAACGAGGUGCGACCAGAAAGCUUUGAAGGUUCGAUGGGCAAUGUCUGGUAUGAACUGGAGGCUAAGUGCUUGUUCCGAUGGGACGACGUCGAUAAAGACGGCAAUGUUGAGGCUGCAAAAUCUUCUCCGCAGACCCUAGAAACAACAUUCGACUCGAUGAUCGGUAGUGGAUCGAAUCGGCACAAUGGAUCGGCCUUACUAAAAGGACUCGAAGGAUCUUCCAAGAAGGCAAAGUCGUUAGCGCAAGCGCUUGGAAAACUACGCGUCGGCACCAAGAGCAAAAAAGUGCAGCACGCAGGAGAUUUCAAGCUGGGGAACCAACACGAAGAAUAUGUCAAACGCAGUCUACGCAUGAGAGAUAACAGCCUUCUGCAGGACAGCGGGCACGGCGACAACAGUAAGGCUGAGCUCCGGUCUGCGUUCGCAAGAGGGCAGGGCUUACCCCUUUUGGGCGCAGCAGAACCAGAUGUUGGUCACGCUGCUGAACCCCUUCCGUUUCUGAUCCGAAAGAUCCUCAAGCUAUACUUUAUCAAGCCACCGCCGAACACACCCUCCCACGGAGCAUUUUUCUUACCCCCUCCCUCCAUGGCGCUCCCUACUCUGCCAGGAACCCGUCGAUUGAAGGCUCUUAUACCGGGAGCUCGGAUCCAAGUCCAGAUCCAAGUCCCAUCACUCAUUCCCAUUCGAGGAUAUGCACGAACAUCAAGACUGAUGCCGGACUCGAAAAAGGGAGGCCUUGUCCUUAACAAAAAUAGCGCCCAACAAGUCAAUCAUCAACAACAACAACAACAACAACAACAACAACAACACCAUCACCAGUACCAAUAUUACCGCCAUCACCACAGCGACGAUGGAUGGAAUGUUGAUUCGAGAUAUCUGGACAGCUUUCAGGUCGCACUCACGAUUCGGAAAGUAACGCAAAAGGAGAUUGACAAGAGCGAUCUGUUGAAGAAACGAUAUCAAAAUUCUGGUGUAUCAAGCUCUGUUUCGCCAUUUGCCUCAUCGAGCGAUAACAUCAACAGCUUUCUCACUGCAGAAACGGCAGGAGUGCGAAAUAGAAUGCUGAGUACCAGUACGUCGAGCCCCAGCCUCGCUUUUCAGUACAAAGCUAGCGCCGACGAUAAUACGAAAUCCAAGGAAGCAGCUGCCUUUGGUCAUCCUCAAGGCGUAAAUGGAUCGAAGCGGACGACAUGGAGGAGAGAAAUCCGAGUUCGAAAGGUCAAGUGCGAAUUUUGGCAAAAGGAAAGUUGUCGCAUUCCAUCAGAUACGUCCGAAGGCGCCUCCAGAACGAUCAAGCAUGCGCUGGGACCAGCGUUCACAUAUUCAGAAAAGGAGCAGGAGCGGGAACGGUCGCGACCAUCAACGCAACUGUCAUCUUAUCCUUAUCAAACGCAAUGUGGACCAUCACAACAAACGGCCUCCGUUUCUUGGGAUGCCAACGUUGCCGGUAGGGCCCCCGCAGAUCAACCGGCUCGUGAGCGAAAAAACUCGAACGUAGACAUGCCACCGUCAUCGAUCCUGAAGAUGAGUAGCAGUUUAUCUCUCCAGUCGUCGCCGCUGUCCUCCUCACCUCUACGGACAUCAAUGGUCCCUUAUGCAUCCAGCCGCCAAGGAUCCAAUACAUCUCUGUACACAUCGCCGGCUAUUCAGACGAUUGCUCAAUCAUCCAUGACCUCGACCGUACCCCACCCUAAUAUAUCCCAGGCUUCGAGAUCCUUUAUGCUGCUUAUACCCGUGCCGCUGGAUUCACCCCAGUUGCGCCAAACAUUUACCUGGCCCUCAUCGGAUACGCCUUCGCCAUUACCCACCAAAUACUAUGACCCUAUUCAGCAGGUUACAUCAAGAGGCCUCUCAAAUUCUGGCGUCGGAGCGAAUUAUCCAACUUCACAAUCUUCAUAUCAAAUGGCUAUGGCGGGUACUGCCGCCGAUAGUGCUGCUGCUAAUGCACCGAUAUCUAGUUCAGGACUUUCGAACCCCACGGAUGACGCGGCUGCAGAUAACACAGACGAUCUUCGGCCGAUGUCUGCAUAUCACCAUCGCCACUACCAUCACUACGAUCAUUACGGGCAAGUUCCAAACGCUAUCUCAACCCGAUCAAGGAUUGAGGUCAAGCACUAUUUGAGCUUCCGACUCUCUAUCGAUAUGCUUGAGUUUGAAGGAGAGCUGGAUCAGGACGAAGAACUGGAUUUGGAAGCUUACGAGGAGCAGCAACUGCAGCAGCUCAAGAAUGUACAGGAGCUCUCUGCAUAUCGAUCCACACCAAGUGUAAUCAAGACGCCUGCGGCCAGGACUGACAGAGGCGUGUCUCGAAAUGGAACAAUAGACUCAAUCAAUAGCGGCAUCUCUGUUUCGGCGGCUUCUACGGUAUCUGUAAGCGAAGGCAUGCCCAACGUUCAAUCCUCCCUGGCGUUCAUAAACUCAACUGCAGGGAUAUUGAAUAUGGACACAGACUUAGACGACGAAAAAGGAGCCAGUCCUCGUAACUACCAAGGCCAUCACAAGCGUGGAGCGGGCCAUCAUAGCCACCGAACCAGUCGGAGUAACAGUGUUAGCAGUGACGGGUUGCUGGCCUAUCCGCCUCAGCCUCUGCUCAGUGUGGCAUACGACUUCGGACGACGGCGUGGGUCUGGUGCUUCUCAGGGCACGGUGGACAGUUGCAGUAGCGAUAUCCCAGCUUCUCAUGGCGGCGAAUCUGCAGGUUCAGCAGCAGGUCAUUUAGCCGGAGCCAUUGGCGCGAUCAAGAAGAAGGUAUCGUCCUCGGGCUUGAACACGAUGGUUAAUAUGAUGACUGGCAAAAACCUUGGCGGUGGAGGACAAUCAAAACCACAACAGGGGUUUAUACACCACGGCCAUGCCUCGGUACUAUCUGAAGACGCUCAAUCCCAUCAGCACCAUCAAUCGUCUGCCAUUACCGUUCAGAAGUUGAAGGACUUCGUGAUCCGAGUGCCAAUUACGGUUGUGAUCCAAGUCGAUGACCUCUCUAGCAUCGGCACGACCAGCAAAAUCGACUGUGAAGACUCUGCAACACACACCGGUAACACUGGGUCGCAAGAUGAUAGUCGCGACUCAGAUGGCGACGGCACGCCAGGUGCGACAACAGGCUCAGGAGGCAAAUGCGGUGUGAACGCAAGCUAUGGACCCGAUACCACAAACAAUCACCAGGCUCAGCACCAACAAGAUGCGCCAGAAGGAAGCAGUUUCUCUGUACAUGUAACUCUGGCAGGCAAAGAAGGAGAGGACGAAGAUGCGGAGUACGUGGAGGGAUCGUUUAUGGCGGAUAGUCAUGGCUGA